AUGUGGAGGCUCAAGGUGGCGGAGGGCGGCGGCCUGUGGCUACGAUCGACCAACGGCUUCCUCGGGCGAGCCGUGUGGGAAUUCGACCCAGACCUUGGCACAUUGGACGAGCAUUCCGAGCUUGAGAAGAUGCGCCGUGAGUUCACUGAGAACCGCUUCAAGCGGAGGGAGUCUUCCGAUCUCCUCAUGCGCAUGCAGUGUGCAAAGGAAAACGGUCCUCAACGAGAUCUUCCACGCAUCAACCUUCAGGAGGAUGAACAGGUCACUGAAGAAAUUGUACUCAACUCAUUAAGGCGAGCUUUGGAUAAGUUCUCUUCUCUGCAAGCCAGUGAUGGGCACUGGCCCGGUGAUUUUAGUGGGGUCAUGUUCAUCGUGCCUGGCUUGAUAUUUGCAUUGUAUGUCACCAAAUCACUCAAUGUUGUGAUAUCACCGGAACAUCGGCGUGAGAUAUGCCGCUACAUAUACAACCAUCAGAACGAAGAUGGUGGAUGGGGCACUCUUAUAAUAGGCUCAAGCAGCAUGUUUGGCACAUGUUCCAAUUACAUCACCCUAAGGCUUCUCGGCGAGGAGCUAAAUGGCAAGAACAAUGCAUUGGCUAAAGGGCGUGCAUGGAUCCUAACCCAUGGUGGUGCAACCUUGGUGCCCCAGUGGGGAAAAAUAUGGCUUUCGAUACUUGGAGUGUACGAUUGGUCAGGAAAUAAUCCAAUUUUCCCUGAACUAGGGCUAUCUCCCCAAUUUCAAACCUCCAGGGAGGACCUGCUCUGUCCACGGACACCGCUGCAAGAUGCUGUUUGGACCUCACUUUACAAGUAUGUCGAACCAGUAUUGAGCUGUUGGCCAAUGAAUAAGCUGAGGGAGAGAGCUCUGAGGAAUCUCAUGGAGCAUAUCCAUUAUGAAGAUGUGAACACGCAGUAUGUCUGCAUAUGUGCUGUAAACAAGACUCUGAACAUGGUCUGCUGCUGGGUAGAAGAUCCAAAUUCAGACGCAUUCAGGUGUCAUCUUGCAAGGAUACCUGAUUUCUUGUGGCUCUCAGAAGAUGGCAUGAAAGCACAGGUAUAUGAUGGUUGUCAGAGCUGGGAGACAGCUUUUAUAAUUCAAGCAUUUUGCGCUACAGAUCUUGUCAAUGAGUAUGGUCCAACUAUUCAGAGAGCCCAUGAGUUCAUAAAACAUUCACAGGUUCUCAGGAAUCAUCCUGGUGACCAAAGUUACUGGCAUCGUCAUACAUCAAAGGGUUCAUGGACUCUUUCAUCUGCAGACAAUGGAUGGGCUGUCUUUGACACUACAGGAGAAGCACUGAAGGCUGUACUGCUGUUAUCAAAAAUCUCAAACAACCUUGUCGGGUAUCCAAUAGAAAGAGGAAGGUUGUAUGAUGCUGUUGAUUGCCUUCUAUCUUUUAUGAAUACAGAUGGUACCUUUUCAACAUAUGAAUGCAAAAGAACUUCUUCUUGGAUAGAGAUCGUCAAUCCCUGUGAGAGUUUUCCAAACAUGGUUGUUGAUCAUCCUUAUCCAGAAUGCACUUCAUCAAUGCUUCAAGCGCUGGUACUGUUCAAAGAAUUAUACCCUUCCUACCGUAUCAAAGAUAUAAAAAAAUGUAUCAGAAGCGCGGCAACAUUUAUUGAGAGCAGACAACAAGAAGAUGGUUCUUGGUUAGGAACUUGGGGUGUGUGUUUCACUUAUGCGGCCUUCUUUUCGAUUAAAGGAUUGGUGACUGCUGGAAGAACAUACGAGAAUAGCCCUUCUAUCAUGAAAGCAUGCCAGUUUCUAUUGUCGAAGCAGUCAAUACUUAGUGGUGGAUGGGGAGAAAGCCAUGUAUCUAAUGAAACUCAGGUUUAUGUAAAUUUCAAAGGAGACCGUGCUCAUGCAGUGAAUACUGCUUGGGCAAUGCUGGCUUUAAUUUAUGCUGGACAGUAUGCAAUUUAUCGAAAGGUCAUUACACCUUCAUUUGAAUACCAGAUUGAGCAUGACCCAGCACCACUGCAUCAUGCUGCGAAAGAGCUGAUCAAUAUGCAGAUGGAAAUAGGAGAAUUUCCUCAACAAGUAGGUUUCCAAAUUUCUAGUGUUGAAGUAGUCUUUUUAUCUACAACAAGAAGUAAAUUUGUUGUGUUUCUUUUAGUUUGA